CCAUAGAGUAGGAACUAAUAAAUAAAUUGAAAAUGGCGUCGUUUUGCCGAUUAGAUGAAUCAAAGAAAUUAUUUAUCUGAUAUCCAACUAUAAUUAAUGUAAUAUCGUUCAUAAAACACAAUAUAACCGUAUAAGAUAUAUAUUUGGAAGUUUCUGUUGUGUGUCGUGUAUAAGGUAAAAUUUUCGCUAUGAGCGAAUCGUUAUCGUGUGUAGUGCCGUGUUAGCUGUGUUUACAUGAUUUCGGCGCGGGUUCUCCGGCGACGAUGCUGCCCACAGUGGAGGAGACUCGGGGUUACGACUUCCAGGACCCGGAGAAUGCGGAGAAAUGGAAGGGCUUCUUCAUCAGCUCUCUCCGCAAGGUGCUGGAGUCGGUCCACCCCACGCUGACGGCGGACGAGGGCGCUCUGGAGUUUGUGGAGUCGCUGUGUCUUCGUCUGCUGGGCAUGCUGUGUGCGCCGCCCGCGCCUCUCAGCGUGGCGGAUGGAGAGGAGAGGGUGGCCCGCAGCUUCCCCACGCCACUGGACCGUUGGGCGCUCAUCGAGGCCAGGGAGGCGGCCGGCGCCAGGAGACGGAAACUACUGCUGCCACUUGAAAGGCUGCAUCUGUUGCUGCAGAAGGAGGUGUUGCUCUAUAAGAUCGACAUGUCGGUGACAACCUUCAUGACCGUCAUCCUGGAGUUCAUCAGCACCGACAUCCUGCGGCUGGCGGGGAACUUCGUGAAGAAGAUUUCCCAGAAGAGCGGCUACCAAGUCAUCACCUGCAGUGACAUCAAGACUGCCAUGUGCGCUGAUAAGGUCCUGAUCGACAUGUUCUACCAAGACUCGGAGCUGGCCAGCAUCGCAGCUCUACCGGCGUUCAACACAAGCGAAAGGGGAAGGAGAGCGUCGCUGUCGUACGGGGAUCUCGUGCGGGACCUGCUGGCUGACGAGCGGAACUUCCUCAGGGACCUCAACCUCAUGAUACGGGUGUUCAAGGAGGAGCUGGAGAAGAUCGUCGAUGACAAUAAGGUGAUAUCUCUAAUAUUUGGCAACAUAGUGGACAUAUACGAGCUGACGGUCACGCUGCUGGGCAACCUCGAGGACGCCAUGGAGAUGUCCCAGGACACGCUCACACCAUACAUCGGCAGCUGUUUUGAAGAACUGGCGGAGGUGGAGGAGUUCCGGGCGUUCGUCCGCUACGCCAACAUCGUCACCAGGAGGGAGUCCCGGGACGCACUCGCCGCGCUCGUUGAUGAUCCACAGCUGGGCGAGCGCCUGGAGACGGCUGGCCACGGGUUCCGCCUGGCCGUCAAGUACUGCCUGCCGCGGCUGCUGCUGUCUCCGGUGGCGCACGUGUUCGUGUAUCACUCGUACGUGCUGGCCAUGCUGCCCCUGGCGCCCGCUAGCGACGACCGGGAGAGCUUCAAACAGGUCGAAUGCAAUCUACAUCCAAUAGAGAAAUUACUAACAAGAGCCUUGGGGAACGGACCGCAGCUGGACGGCGCGAUGAGGUCGGCGUCUCGAGCUCGCCGGAAGAUGGCCAUCGACAAGUGUAACGAGCUGGCCAGGCUGGUCGACAACUGGGACGCCAGGGACGUGCCGCAGUGCUGCAACGAGUUCAUUAGAGAGGACACGCUCACCAAGCUGGGUCCGGGGAAGCGCGUCGCUGAGCGGAGAGCUUUUUUAUUCGACGGACUCCUGUUGCUCUGCAAACCCGUCACCAGCCUGGUGACUGUGAACAGCGGCGUGACGGCGGGCCCGCCCCAGCUGAAGCUGAAGGAGAAGCUGCACAUACGGAAACUGGACAUAGUGGAUCGCCCCGACGGAGAAGAGGGUCGCAAUCUAAUGGAGCUGUGUCCGCGCGUGGGCCCGCCCGUGGUGCUGGCGGCCUCGUCUCCCGCCGAGAAGAGAUGCUGGAUGAGCGACCUCGUCAUACUCAACACCAAACCCAUGCUGGACAGGAGUCUGGACAGUAUUCUCCUGGACCUGGAGCGUCGUCACCCUCUCCGCCUGCCGAGCCCCUCCUUGUACCGGUUCGCGGAGCCCGACGGACCUCACAAUAUACUGCUGGAGCACGGGCACGGUCCCGCGCCCCUCAUCAAGGGCGCGACGCUGCUGAAGCUGGUGGAGCGCCUCACGUACCACGUGCACGCCGACCUCAACCUGGUGCGGACCUUCCUCACCACCUACCGCUCCUUCUGUUCACCCUCGGAGCUGCUCGCUUUACUCAUCGAGCGCUUCGACAUACCCGAACCGCACCUCGUGUACGACGCGCCUCGACCCGCGGAUUGCGUGGAGAUCUCGGCCACCAGUGACGCGGAGAAGCUGAGCAAAAACACGGCCAGGGAGGACUGGAAGAGAUACAGGAAGGAGUUCCAACAACCCGUGAAGUUCAGGGUGAUAAACGUCCUCCGACACUGGGUGGAUCAACACUUCUAUGACUUCGAGCGCGAGCCGGAGCUGCUCGCCAAGCUGAAGAGCUUCCUGGAGGCCGUGGACGGCAAACCCAUGAGGAAGUGGGUGCAGAGCGUGCUCAAGACCGUUCAGAGGAAGAGCGGCCUACAGUCGGACAACGAGUCCUUGUGUAGCGUGUCGUCGGGCGUGUCGUACGUGUUCGACAGACUGCCGCCGGCGCCGCUCAGGCACGUGGCGGAGCCCGACAGGCACGACUGGCAUCCGCUGGCGCUGCACCCGCUGGAGGUGGCCCGCCAACUCACGCUCCUCGAGUUCCAGCUAUACAGACAGGUGAAGCCGUCGGAGCUGGUGGGGGCGGCGUGGACCAAGAAAGACAAGGAGAAGUCCAGCCCCAACCUGUUCAGGAUCAGCAAAAACACCACCAACUUCACUCGCUGGAUAGAGAAGUGGAUAGUGGAGAGUGAGAACGUGGAAGAGCGCGCGGGCGUGCUCAGCUGGUGUCUGGAGCUGGCCGUGGCGCUCAGCGACCUCAACAACUUCAACGGCGUGUUCGCUGUGGUCGCCGCCUGCGAGUCCGCCUCCGUCUACAGGCUCAAGUACACCUUCCAGAUGCUGCCGCCCCGCCUCCUGCGCGCUCUGGACCAGUUCCGUGAGCUGAGCUCGGACCACUUCCGCCUGUACCAGGAGAGACUGCGGAGCAUCAACCCGCCCUGCGUGCCCUUCGUGGGGGUCUACCUCACCAAGAUACUACACAUCGAGGAGGGGAAUCCCGAUUUCCUCUCCAACACCGAGCUCAUAAACUUCUCGAAGCGUCGCAUGGUGGCGGAGAUAACCGGCGAGAUCCAGCAGUACCAGAACCAGCCCUACUGUCUGACGCUGGAGCCCAGGACCAGGGCUUUUCUGGAGAACCUGGAUCCGUUCCCCGGGAUGGAUGAUAACGAAGUUACCAACUACCUGUAUGGAAAGAGCAAGGAGAUCGAACCCAAGGGAGCCGUCAAACAGACGCACAAGUUUCCCCGCCGCUACCCCGAGCUGUCUCUGAAGCCGGUGAAGGUGUCGCGCCGCAGACACGACACGUCCUCCACCACGCUCUCCUCCACCAACUCGCUCGUCAGUCUGGACGGCGCGUUCAGCGUGUCCCAGCUGUCGCCCACCAGCAGCGUCUGGGACGGAGCCAGCGUCGCCUCCCUGCCGCUCCACGCACACGAUCAGGGGAGCAGGGAGGAGCGCUCGGUGACCAGUCCGCGGCUGGAGAGAGCCAGCUCCAGCUCACUGGCGCAGCUCGGGCAGCUCAGUCUCCUGGACAAGCUGUUCGACAAGAGCAAGUCCGCCGCCACGCUGCACAGGAACAGCGGCUCCACCAAGGACGACCCGCCCUCGCCGCGCGACAACCACUCACCCAAGCGUCGGCCGGCGCUGUCUCCCCGCGGCGCGCUCGUGGAGGCGGACAUGUACCAGAACAGAAGACGCACGGACACACAGGAGCGUGUGCCGCCGCUGCUGCCGCGCGGGGGGGCCGAGCCCGAGGCGCCGCCCGUACUGCCGCGGAGACCGCCCUCGCCGCACACGGCGUCGACGGAGCCGCCCCCGGAGCCCCCCGACCGCCCGCUGCCGAGCCCCAAGCACCACGACCUGUUCAGGAGUCCAGCGCUGUCCCCGGCCGCCCCGCCCGCGCCCAGCCCCAUGAUGGUGGACAGGGCGGCCUUCAGCUUCCCCUCGGCCACGUCUCCCGGACACAUCCCCGCGGAGACCGUCCCCCCGCCCCUGCCGCCGCGGAGAAGAAGAGACUCCGCCGCGCCCCACACGCCGCACCCGGUGAGACUCACUAACACUGCAACAGGCUUAACGGAGAACGUGUGCUCUCCGACACACGUGUGGAGAAACUUAGAUCCGUCGUGCGGCGAGUGUCCUCCCCCGCCGCCCGCGCUGCCCCCCCGCCCGCCGCCCCCGCCCGAGCUGCUGCGGCCCGCACACUCCGCCCUGCUGCAGAGGAGACACACGGCCGCGUUAGCUCCAAAACUCCCGCCGAAGCCGGCCGCGGCGGCCGUCGCCCCGCGGACCUAGGACGCCAACGGACACGGAAGCUGCCAAACUAACCUGAUCCCACCAGCUCAUAAAAUAACCAAGUUACAUACACGACUCCCAAACAUGAAGCUCACAGCGGACGAGGUUCAUGUUGGAAGUCGAAUUUGGGAAUUGUCCGCAUGUCAAAUGUUUAUAUAUAGAAUAUGUAAAGGAAAAAUACAAAAAAAACAUGUUCAAUGUGUUGAGAGUAACAUUCCAUGUUUGAUACUUAGUAGGUGACGUGAUGUGGAGAGAGUACGGAGAAGAUGACGGAGAGGGGGGCGUGAUCCAGUAACAGGGAUGACAGAGAACGAUAGGAGAAUAUUAUUAACAAACACACGGACAGAAUAAAACAUAGAUAUAUAUAUAUGUGUGUGUGUGAGUGAGUGUUGAGAAACAUUAAAUGUUUAUAUUAGCACAAAUUACAAUAUCGCAGAGAAAUGCAUUUAUUGUAAAUAAUAUAUAUAGAUAUAGUACAAAAAUAUAACAAACGAACCCACGCACAAACUGACGCCUCCGUAUAUAUAUAAUGAUUUGUACUAGAGGAGGGCAGAGGACAGGAAAAUGAGUCUUAUGACGACAAGCAAUAAUACAACACAUAUAUUAUAUAAGCGACCAGAACCGAUCCCACGACGCGACUCGCCGCCGGCGCGCCCCUAGCCGGGACCCGGCUCCCCCGGCGGCGAGUGGACACACUGCAGCCAGGACCAAUCCCACGAGUCGACCGAGCGCCUCCGUGUUACCCGCUGUACUAUAGUAAUAAGCCCGUAGGCCGAGUAGACGUGAGACGUGUACAGAUGUGUGUAAAGUAUGUGUAGAGCUGACACUGAGUUACUGUAACUUGUAUUAUACGUGCCGCCGAGCCGCGACUGUACAUAUGUAGAUGUAUGUUAGGUGUUUAUAGAUCGGCUUUAGGUAUUCGGUUCGCCUUCGACGGCUGUACAGGCUGCGGGGGUUGAGGUGGCUGUAUUUUUUUAUCGGACGCGAUAGAGUCGUAUAAAUAAUAGAGUAAGUAGCCGGCUUCCGUCCGCGGCCUGAUCGCCGUGACCCUGUACAUAUAGAGAAGCGUUGUAGGACAUAUUAUAUACACAGUUAUA